GCGGGCGACGGGGAGCCUUGGGCGCAUCGAGUGACCAUCCUUGCCUUUUGUACAACGCACUCACACUGACCAGGGCUCGGGAGUGCUUGACUUCUUAGUUCUGACGUUGUUCCAACUCUUUUCCAAACCAGGGGCAUCUUCUCGAGAACCAACAUUUAUUUACUGCCUCACCUUCACAACUGCGCGUUUGCUACACUCAGAUCCACCACAUACCUCACCAUAAAUCCCUCCCAUCAACACCAGCGAAAAUGUUCAAGUGGGCGCAGAAGCAGUUGGCCGACGUCGCCGGCACGAAAGAGCCCAUCUACGGGCCCUCAGCCAUCCGUAAUGUCUCCGAGCAGGCCAAGACGACCCCCUACACCGAGCUGAAGAGAGACGACAUGAAGUGGUACGCCAUGAACACUACGAGCGUGGAGACCUUCAGCUUCUACCUCACAGCCGACAAUGGACACGCAGCGCUUGCCCAGGUCAUCUAUAGUAACGUGGCCGGCAUCCGCACAACCUGCCAGUUCAACACCAAGAUCUUCUACCCCGACCAGAAGAAAGAAUUCCUGUGGUGCUCGACCCAGCUUAAGGACGUUGAGUUCAGCGAGGACAAGUGCAACUUCUAUGCUCAGAACUGCGCAGUCGAGCUCUCGGCCGACGGCGAAUCCUACACCAUCAAGUCGGUAACAGACGACAGGGCCCAGGUCAACCUGACCGUCCGGAAGGCCGCUCCCGGCUUUGUGUCUGGCAAGGAUGGUAAGACUCUGUUCGGCACAGACCUGUCAAACCCGUGGGGAAGCAUGCGCCACGGCUUCUGGCCGAGGUGCACCGCCGAGGGCACCAUCACCACGGCCGAUGGGCCCAUCGACUACAAGGGCAAGGCCCUAUUCAUCCAUGCGCUGCAGGGCAUGAAGCCACACCACGCGGCUGCGAAGUGGAACUACAUCAACUUCCAGGGCACCAACAUCUCUGCAAUCCUGAUGGAGUACACCACGCCACCCUCGUACGGGUCUACUGAGGUUAAUGUGGGCGGCAUCGCAAAGGAUGGCGAGAUCAUCGCCGCAGGGUGCUCCAACACCGUCACGCACACCCGCGUCAAGAAGGACACGGAGAACUCAUGGCCAGAGCCGGAGGCCAUCAAGGCCGAAUGGAGCGGCACCACCAAGGAUGGGAAGCCCGUCACGGGACUGCUGGAGACGGAUCUUGAGCAGCGCCUAGACAAGAUUGACGUCAUGGCCGAGGUGCCCGGUUUCGUCAAGCAGAUUGUCGCCGGGGCUGCGGGUACAAAGCCUUAUAUCUACCAGUACAUGCCGAGGCAGCACAAGGUGACCCUGAAGCUGAAGAUCGGGGACACCGAAACGAUCGAGGAGGGAAUACUUUUUACCGAAGCUACUUUCAUCUCCGAAUAGAAGGUUGGCAGUCUGUGAUUCAGAUCAUCAGACACUAGUAGAAUGGUUUUGGGUAUCAUGGCGCCGAGAAGGCAUGGUCUUAGAGGGUCGGUCAUUCAGGGCGUUUAGGGGGACACUCGGGAAGGGCUCGCUAGAUUUAAGCUAUGGUCUUGUAAUUGAUGACAGUAGUAAUCAGUAGGGUUUAACUGUCGUCGCUUCAUAGAAUAAGACACCUUCUGCAGCCCACAGA